AUGGCGAAAAGACGAGAAAAUGAGGAAAUCAAUUUUGAAACAAAUCAAUCAGACGAUGGUGAGAAAAUCAUGGCUGAAAUCAAAAGCCCUGCCGUCAAUCCUGCCAAAUUUAUAAGAGCUCCAUCAACAAAUAUUGCCACUUACCAUUAUUUAAAUGAAACGUUACUUUUCAAUGCGAAAAAAAUCGAUUUUCGGUUGAAUGAAAAUUUGGAUUUAAUUUUAAACAUUUUAUGUAAAACCAAUAAAUAUGGCGACAUCGAUAUUUACAUUGAAAUAGAUAAUUAUGAAAAAGAAAAUAUCUGGCAUUGUGAAAAUUUUCAAAAGCCGAUAUUGGAAAUUCUGAAAAGCGACAGAAUUUUCGAUUCAACAACAACUAGAGGAAACUAUUAUCAAUCAACCCUUCGGAAUGUCCAAUAUUUUGAAAAAUUUCAAUCUAAUGCAAAUUUAUUGUACACCGACACUGAUAGUUUGAUUUAUCAAUUUACGGAUGUAGACAUCUAUUCUUGCAUUCGAGAAAAUAUCAACAUGUUUGAUACGUCAGAAUUUGCUCAUGAUAACGUGUACAAUAUUCCACAAAAAAAUAAAAAACUUUACGGUUUAAUGAAGGAUGAAAAUAAUGGAAAAAUUAUGACCGAAUUUAUUGGUUUGCGGUCCAAAAUGUAUUGUAUAGCAAGGUGUCUUCUGCUUCAUCUUUUUCUUCUACAGUUACACAGCAGCUGCGAUAUUCCAAACAAGAGAAAGUUUGAAGAAAUGAGAAAAUCAAUAGUUACAUAUCAUGCCAACAAAUGCUUCUACAAUUAUCAAAGCCAACCAUGGGAUGAGGAGGGCCAUAUGAAAAUGCAUGAAGAUAUGUCCAAGGCUGAAAACUAUGAUGCGGCUACAAGAAAAUAUUGGAGUCGCAUUCAAGAUGAAACUAACUACAACAAGACUUAUUUCAAUCAAUACAAGAUGUUCAAAAUACCAAUAAAAGAUUUAAAAACUAUUCAAGUAGUAUUCUCUCUACAAGGUGGUGCCAAAGCUGCGAAAUGUAUUUUUGUUUCUGUAAAAAGUCAAUAA